AUGUCGACUAGGGGUUCACCUUCUCAACCAGAGAGAUCUGAGGCUGAGUAUGCUACUGCAUCAGAAGAAGGAUUGGGUUCAAACUCAAAUGUUGAUCCAUUACAACCGCAAGAGGACGUCUCAAUACCGAUGGAACCUCGAGGUUUAUUCUUCAAGCAAAGCGAGUAUCGGUUAUACCCGAAGCUUCAAUCAAGGUGUGAAACCUUUAAUUUCAUGGAAGUCUUCAAGAGGCUUGAUAUCUCAGAGAGAAACUGGUUUGAGAACCACCCACAAUUCAAGCAUAUUGUCCACGUGUUUAUCCAGAAGAAUAGAAUGUUAAAGGGAAUGUGGAUGUUGCUUCUCCGAACAGCAGUGACAGACAAGCAGCGGCAGUGUUGGUUUGUUGUGAAUGGUGUGCCUGUUCGGUAUUCAAUCAGAGAACACGGCCUUCUUUCAGGAUUAUUCUGCCACCAUUAUCCAGCCGACUAUGAGCAGUUAGGGAGUAUGUAUUUUGUGGAGGAGCAGUUUGGAAAGACCAAUAUUGAGGUCAAAGAGGUGCGUGAGAAGCUGGAAUCAAUGGAUUUCAUUGAAGGUUGUACUGAUCGGUUGAAGAUGGUUGAUAUUAUCAGUAUCUUGGUACCUGAAGAUGGAGAAGCCAAACUCUUGCUUGACAUCCUAGACGAGCAUGUAUGGGAUGACUUCGAAGUAGGAGAGGAUGAUGCUGUUUCUGACCCUGUUGUUGAUAGUUGGCACACGAUUUUAGUCCAACAAAAGAAGAAGAUACACUUGAAGGAUCUGUACCUAUUAGAUGUUAAAUCCCGAGAAGACCAGCCAUUGCCCAAACCGACAGAUACUGAAGCUGUAGGAAGUGAGGAUGUGUUGAAGAAGAUGGAAGAAGGGUUUAUAAAGAUUAACGAGAAAAUGGAAGAAGGGUUUAGGAAGAUUACUGAGAAGGUUCAUGAGAUAGACACAAGACUGAAGUCUGUAGAAAUGAAAAUAGCUGAUCAAAGGAGAGAUUCAGAUUUUAUGGAUUUUCAGUAUGAAGAUGUGGGGAGAGUGUAUGAAACAGGUGGAGGAUCAAAUGCAAGAGGUGAUAAGGGUAUGGAGAAGACACCUGCAGAGGAGACUAGGGACGCACCUGCACCUGCACCUGUACCUGCGGAGGAGACCAGGGACGCACCUGCACCUGUACCUGCGGAGGAGACCACAGACGUACCUGCACCUGCAGUGGAGACCACAAACGCACCUACACCUGUACCUGCGGAGACUCCUGAACCACCAGCAAAGAAACCACGCUACAAAAUAUGUAUGCGGAAGAGUGCUGAGGCUAAAAGGACGGCUGAGCUCAUUAGGAAUAGGAGAAAGGGUAAACCAUCGAGGCAUAUAUCCACUCCUUACAAAAAUGAUGCACCAGGAGAAAGGAAGAAACGAGAGGCUGAAAAAAAGAAGUAG